ACAGUCUUCAGUGCACUGUCAGUAUGUUCUAGUUUCUUAUGACUGAUGUAGGUAUUUGGGGCUUCAAUCUGUGUCAGAGAAGCUUUAGAGGAAGUGUCCCUGCCAGGCUGUUAUAUUUUGGAAGUCUGCACACUGAUAAGCUGGGAUAUGAAUGGAUAUGAAAGCUCCAUUCUCAGUCAGGAGUUUUUUGAAUGUGUGCUCUGAAUUAAUACUGUUUUCGUUUCCCCUCUUUCAGGUAUUCACUUAUAAACAGAGCACGAUCACACACCAAAAAGUAACACCUAUGCAUCAAACCAGCACAGAGAGCGUGGAAGACAUGGCAGCACUUGUAGAUCUCCAUGAAGGCUCCAUUAUGCACAACUUAUUCCAGCGAUAUCAGCAAGAUAAAAUCUAUACCUACAUCGGAUCGAUAGUCGCCUCUGUGAACCCCUACAAGAGCAUCCCGGGGCUGUACGAUGGCGCGGCCAUGGAGCGAUACAGCAAGCACCACCUGGGAGAGAUGGCCCCGCACAUCUUCGCCGUGGCCAACGAGUGCUACCGCUGCCUCUGGAAGCGCCACGACAGCCAGUGCAUCCUCAUCAGUGGCGAAAGUGGUGCUGGUAAGACGGAGAGCACUAAGCUGAUUCUCAAGUUCUUGUCUGCCAUGAGCCAACAUUCACUGGAGCUGUCCUCCAGAGAGAAGACCUCCUGUGUGGAGCGAGCUAUUCUUGAGAGCAGUCCAAUUAUGGAAGCUUUUGGCAAUGCGAAGACUGUUUACAACAACAACUCAAGUCGCUUUGGGAAGUUUAUUCAGCUGAACAUCUGUCAGAAAGGAAACAUUCAGGGAGGAAGAAUUAUGGAUUAUUUAUUGGAAAAAAAUCGUGUAGUAAGACAAAACCCCGGGGAAAGAAAUUAUCAUAUAUUCUAUGCUCUGCUGGCAGGGAUAGAAGAGAGAGAGAAAGAUGCUUUUUACUUAUCUGUACCUGAGAACUACCACUACCUGAACCAGUCUGGAUGUAUAGCGGAUAAGACAAUCAGUGACAAAGAUUCUUUCAAGGAAGUCAUUACUGCAAUGGAAGUGAUGGAGUUCAGCAGGGAGGAAGUACGAGAAGUUCUGAGGCUGCUGGCUGGCAUUUUGCAUCUGGGAAAUGUUGAGUUCAUCACUGCUGGUGGGGCACAAGUGUCCUUUAAAACAGCCCUGGGUAGAUCUGCUGAGUUACUGGGGUUGGACUCCACACAGCUAACAGAAGCAUUGACUCAGAGGUCGAUGAUUCUCAGGGGAGAGGAAAUCCUAACACCUCUUAGUAUACAACAGGCAAUAGACAGCAGAGAUUCUAUGGCUAUGGCACUUUAUUCUCAGUGUUUUGCAUGGGUCAUUAAGAAAAUCAAUAGCAGAAUCAGGAGCAAGGAAGACUUUAAGACUAUUGGAAUAUUGGACAUAUUCGGAUUUGAAAACUUUGAGGUAAACCGUUUUGAGCAGUUCAAUAUUAACUAUGCAAAUGAGAAGCUUCAGGAGUAUUUCAACAAACAUAUCUUUUCCUUGGAGCAACUGGAAUACAGCAGGGAAGGACUAAUUUGGGAGGAUAUUGACUGGACAGACAAUGGAGAAUGCUUGGAUCUUAUUGAAAAGAAACUGGGACUACUGGCACUCAUCAAUGAGGAGAGCCAUUUUCCUCAAGCUACAGACUCCACCUUACUGGAGAAGUUGAAUGCCCAGCAUGCUAACAAUCCUUUUUAUGUAAAACCAAGGGUUGCUGUUCACAACUUUGGAGUGAAGCACUACGCUGGGGAGGUCCAGUAUGAUGUCAGGGGGAUCUUGGAGAAGAACAGAGAUACUUUUAGGGAUGAUCUCCUGAACUUGUUACGUGAAAGCAGUCUUGAUUUCAUCUAUGAUCUAUUUGAACACGUUUCAAGUCGCAACAAUCAGGACACUCUUAAAUGUGGAAGCAAGCACCGAAAACCCACUGUGAGUCUCCAGUUCAAGGAAUCACUUCAUUCUUUAAUGGCAACCCUGAGUUCUUCAAACCCCUUCUUUGUUCGGUGCAUCAAACCCAACGUGCAGAAGAUGCCAGACCAGUUUGAUCAGACAGUGGUGCUCAACCAGCUGCGCUAUUCUGGGAUGUUGGAGACGGUCAGGAUUCGGAGGGCUGGUUUCCCAGUCCGGAGGCCCUUUCAAGACUUUUAUAAAAGGUAUAAAGUCCUCAUGAGAAACUUAACUCUCCCUGAAGAUUUAAAUGAGAAAUGUGCUGUCUUACUUCGUCUGUAUGACAACACAAGCACUGAAUGGCAGCUUGGAAAAAAUAAGGUGUUUCUCCGGGAGUCCUUAGAACACAAGUUGGAGAAACAGCGAGAGGUGGAAGUCACCAAGGCAGCAAUGAUCAUCCGAGCACACAUCUUGGGUUAUGCAGCCCGAAAGCGGUAUAGAAAGGUUCUCUACUAUGUGGUUGUGAUACAGAAGAACUACAGAGCAUUCAGUGGAAGGAAGAAGUUCCUGUGCCUGAAGAGAGCAGCCACAGUCCUUCAGAAGCAGCGGCGAGGCCAGCUCGCUCGGCGUCUUUACAGGGAGCGACUGGAGGAGAAGCGGAGACAAGAGGAGGAAAGAAGAAAAGAGGAGGAGGAAAGGGAAAGACAAAGGCAAGAAGCAGAGCGUCUUGCCCAGCAGGCUGAAGAAGAGAGAAAGAAGCAGGAACUGGCUGCCAUUCAGAAAGCUCAGAAGGAGGCAGAGCUGAAGAAAGAGGUGGAGAAGCAGAAAGAAAGCAGGCAGGUGGAAGAAAUCCUGCGUCUGGAAAAAGAAAUCGAAGACCUGCAGCGUGUGAAGAAGCAGCAGGAGCUGUCCUUGACAGAGGCUUCAUUACAGAGGCUGCAGCAGCGUCGAGAUGAGGAGCUCCGGCGGCUUGAGGAUGAAGCAUGUCGAGCAGCCCAGGAGUUCCUGGAAUCUCUGAACUUUGAUGAGAUUGACGAAUGUGUCCGAAACAUUGAGAGGUCUCUCUCUGUGGGCAGUGGGUAUCCUGCUGAGCUGGCUGAACAGACUGGAAAUGCCUGCAGUGAAAAGCCCAAUUUUAACUUCAGCCAGCCAUAUCCCGAGGAAGAGGUAGAUGAGGGCUUUGAAGCUGAUGAUGAUGCAUUUAAGGAUUCGCCCAACCCGAGUGAGCAUGGCCAUUCUGAUCAAAGGACCAGUGGCAUCAGAACAAGCGAUGAUUCCUCAGAAGAGGAUCCUUAUAUGAAUGAUACCGUGGUGCCAACAAUUCCUGCUGCCAGCGACGCCAUGGUCAUUCCUCCUGCCCAUGACACAGUGAGCCUCCACAACUCUUCAAGCGGCGAAUCCACGUACUGCAUGCCAGAAAAUGUGUCCUGCAGACCCCCAAAUUCUGUGGAACUUAUUUCUCCCGACGGAGACUAUGAUUAUGACCAGGAUGAUUAUGAAGAUGGUGCUAUCACUUCUGGCAGCAGUGUGACCUUCUCUAACUCACACAGUAGCCAGUGGUCACCGGACUACCGCUGUUCAGUGGGGACGUACAAUAGCUCUGGAGCAUACCGGUUCAGCUCUGAGGGAGCUCAGUCUUCUUUUGAAGACAGCGAAGAAGAUUUUGACUCCAGGUUUGAUACAGAUGAUGAACUUUCCUACCGGAGGGAUUCAGUCUAUAGCUGUGUCAGUCUGCCCUACUUUCACAGUUUUCUGUACAUGAAAGGUGGCUUAAUCAACACAUGGAAGCGACGCUGGUGUGUCCUGAAAGAUGAGACCUUCCUGUGGUUUCGUUCUAAGCAGGAAGCACUUAAGCAGGGUUGGCUUCACAAAAAGGGGGGUGGAUCAUCUACCCUUUCCAGAAGGAACUGGAAGAAAAGAUGGUUUGUUCUCAGACAGUCCAGGUUGAUGUACUUUGAAAAUGACAGUGAAGAAAAGCUAAAGGGUGCCAUGGAUGUCCGAACUGCCAAAGAAAUUGUUGAUAAUACAGGCAAAGAAAAUGGUAUUGAUCUAAUAAUGAGUGAUAGGACCUACCACUUAAUUGCUGAAUCUCCUGAGGAUGCAAGCCAGUGGUUCAGUGUACUGAGUCAAGUCCAUGCGUCCACAGAGCAGGAGAUCCGGGAGAUGCAUGAUGAGCAGGCGAAUCCACAGAAUGCUGUGGGUACACUCGAUGUAGGACUAAUUGAUUCUGUCUGUGCUGCUGACAAUCCAGAUAGACCCAAUUCAUUUGUGAUCAUCACUGCUAAUCGUGUUCUUCACUGUAAUGCUGACACUCCUGAAGAGAUGCAUCACUGGAUAACCCUGCUCCAGAGGUCAAAGGGGGACACUAGAGUGGAGGGACAAGAAUUCAUUGUGAGGGGGUGGCUACACAAGGAAGUAAAGAACAACCCAAAGAUGUCCUCAUUAAAACUAAAGAAGCGUUGGUUUGUUUUAACGCACAAUUCUUUGGACUACUACAAGAGUUCAGAGAAAAAUGCUCUGAAAUUGGGUACACUGGUCUUGAACAGCCUCUGCUCAGUGGUCCCACCUGAUGAAAAAAUCUUCAAAGAGACAGGUUACUGGAAUGUGACUGUGUACGGACGCAAACACUGUUACCGCCUCCAUACGAAAUUGCUCAAUGAGGCAACCCGCUGGUCAAGUGCCAUCCAGAACGUGAUUGACACAAAGGCACCCAUUGAUACUCCAACUCAGCAGCUUAUUCAGGAUAUUAAGGAAAACUGCCUGAAUGCUGAUGUGGUUGAACAGAUUUAUAAGAGGAAUCCUAUUCUCCGUUACACUCAUCAUCCAUUGCACUCACCAUUACUGCCACUGCCAUAUGGGGACAUCAAUCUAAACUUGCUGAAAGACAAAGGCUACACAACUCUGCAGGAUGAAGCCAUCAAGAUAUUUAAUUCUUUACAGCAGCUGGAGUCUAUGUCUGAUCCCAUCCCUAUAAUCCAAGGUAUCCUCCAAACAGGACACGAUUUACGACCUCUCCGAGAUGAGCUCUACUGUCAGCUCAUCAAGCAAACCAAUAAAGUGCCUAACCCCGGGAGCGUGGGGAACCUCUAUAGUUGGCAAAUACUCACCUGCAUGAGUUGCACAUUUCUGCCCAGUCGCAGCAUCCUCAAAUAUCUCAAGUUUCAUCUCAAAAGGGUUCGUGACCAGUUUCCAGGAACUGAAAUGGAGAAAUACGCACUUUUUACUUACGAAUCUCUGAAGAAAACCAAAUGCAGAGAGUUUGUGCCAUCACGAGAUGAAAUAGAAGCGCUGAUUGGCAGGCAGGAGAUGACAUCCACAGUUUAUUGCCAUGGUGGGGGCUCCUGUAAGAUUACAAUCAACUCACACACUACAGCUGGAGAGGUGGUUGAAAAGUUAAUUCGUGGCUUGGCCAUGGAGGAUAGCAGAAAUAUGUUUGCUUUGUUUGAAUACAACGGGACUACUGAUAAAGCAAUUGAAAGCAGAACCAUUGUAGCUGAUGUCUUGGCAAAGUUUGAAAAGCUUGCUGCCACUGCUGAAGCUGGGGAGAUGCACUGGAAGUUCUACUUCAAGCUCUACUGUUUCCUGGACACAGAAAACGUCCCAAAAGAUAGCGUGGAAUUUGCCUUUAUGUUUGAGCAGGCUCAUGAAGCAGUAAUUAAAGGACAUUAUCCUGCUCCUGAGGAAACGCUCCAGGUCCUUGCAGCUUUGCGUCUUCAGUACCUUCAGGGAGAUUACACUGUGCACACCACCAUACCAGAACUGGAGGAAGUCUAUCCCUUGCAAAAGCUGAAGUCUAGGAUUACACAGUCGACCAAAACAUUUACUGUAUCAGAGAAGGCUGAGAAGAAACGAGCCAGCUUUCUUGAAGGAACGCUGCGGAGGAGUUUCCGCAGUGGCUCUAUCAGCAAACAGAAGGUUGAGGAGGAUCAGAUGUUAGACAUGUGGGUCAAAGAGGAAAUCUCAGCUUGCAGGACUAGUAUUAUUGACAAAUGGAAAAAACUCCAGAGGAUGAAUCAGGAGCAGGCCAUGGCAAAGUACAUGGCUUUGAUUAAGGAAUGGCCUGGCUAUGGUUCAACACUCUUUGACGUAGAGUGCAAAGAAGGGGGAUUCCCACAGGAGUUGUGGCUUGGAGUCAGCGCUGAUGCAGUUUCUGUCUACAAGCGUGGGGAAGGCAGGCCUCUGGAGGUGUUCCAGUACGAACAUAUCUUGUCAUUUGGUGCUCCACUUGCCAACACCUACAAGAUCGUGGUGGAUGAAAGAGAACUGCUUUUUGAAACUAGCGAGGUGGUUGACAUUGCAAAGCUGAUGAAAGCUUACAUCAGUAUGAUCGUGAAAAAACGCUACAGCACCUCUCGAUCCGUGAGUAGUCAUGGAAGUCAGGGCAGCUCCAGGUGAAAACAAAACCAGUUCUACUGCGCCCUAAAUAGAAUAUAUCACUCCUUGGCCUCUGAACGACCUGGGACAUUGAUCACAUUUGUUGACAAGCUAACCAAGAACCAGAGUUUCAACGGAAAAUAUCUUCAAUGUUUUAGAAAGACCACAGGAGGGCAGGGGAAAAUCAGCUGAAAUAGUCACAUACUACAACUGCUGACUCAUUCAAAACUUUCCAAAGCAUUAUUACCUUCAGUUGAUGUAACAAAUGCCUUAAGACUCGAUCCACUGCAAUACAAGCAGUAAUAAGUGCCUUACAAUAUAAGCCUAACUUCUAUUGACCUAAAAUUACUGAUAAAAGUCAAGAGGAUUUCCUUUGUCCUUUCAGAACACUGAAAACAAAGUUAUAUUCAUCCGUUCUGCACUAAUCUACUGGCCUGUAUACAGGUGGGAAGGGGGAGGGAAGAAGAGCAAGGUAUAUUUUUUGGAGCGCUGCUGGCAGCUUUCCUGAUGGACGCCAACACUUUGUUUCCCCUUGCUUCCGUGGGUGUGCACAUUGUGCAUGCGUAUUUGAGCUGUCAGUAAAAUUUGACAAAUUUUAUUCUGUAUUUCACAAGUCUUUUGAAGCAAAGGGAAUAAGUAUGUGCAAUGGUGUAAACAGUCUUUCUGUACAUUUUAAUAGUUCAGAGUUAUAGUUGUUACAAUUGUAUGGUUACUUUAUAAGCAGUUUUAUUAACAAGUAAAUUCCAAAAUUUUCAUACAUUGAUUUUACUUUUGCAAAUAUGUAUUACCAUAUAAGUAGCAGAAGUCUGCAUUCUGUAUCUGCUGUAUGAUAAAGAGAGAUGUAGCUGAGAAUAUUUAUAGACUACCCUAAUAUGGAAAUACAGUUAUCAGUUCAGUUCUUCAUAAUGUCCGCUUAAGUUUUUAAUAUUAAUUUUUUUCUUUAAAAGACAUCACUGUUUUAUACUUCUGGCUGGACUCUUCAACCCAGACUGACUGCCAAAGGCCAGAGCCCUUCAGAGUUGACUAGAGAAGGCAACGUUAUACAAUGCAACUGCUUUAAUACAGAGUUCUCUAUUUUACCUGGUUGCCUGAUGAAGGUUCUUGACAGUACCCUGUAAAUAAAUUGGGGAAUAUCGGCUAAUAAUAAUUUGAUUUUGGACUUUUAUUUUUGUACAGAAAUACUGUAAUAUAAGGCAAAACUUUGUUCAAAGGUGUCUUUUUGUCCACAGCAAAAAAAAAAAAAAGAAAAAAAAAGAAACCUGAAAAACCUUACUGUUGUUAAAAACCUCAGCCUUUAAGAAAUCAUGCCUACUUACAGGGAAAAAAAGUCCAGCAAUAAAGAAAAUAUAU